AUGACCCGGAUCAUCCUGCCUCAGAUGACAGCCAGGGGACGCGGAGUCAUCAUCAACAUAUCCUCUGAGGCUGGCAGACAGCCUUCCCCAUUCUUGGCAUUAUAUGGGGCUACUAAGGCCUUCAUGAAUAGCUUAUCUCAGGCUAUGGCCUUGGAAUACCAGUCCUCUGGAGUCAUCAUACAGACUCUUACUCCUCUGUUAGUUUCCAGCAACAUUACCAAGAUUCCACCCAGAAAAUUCUUGGUGAAGUCUUCAGAUGACUUUGUCAGAGAGGCCUUGGACACCGUAGGUGUCUCUAACUUCACCUCUGGGUGUUUCCUACACUCUGUCCACAGCUUGUUGCUGUGGCCCCUGACCUCCAACUUCAAAUUCACCAUCCCGAUUCUGACGUUCUUCCACUCUCUGUUCAGAGCAUUCAGAAGAUCCUGAAGAAGUUGUGGGAAGGAGGUGGGGGUUGAACUGGAGACCCUUUUUUGGGGGAGGGGUGGUGACUGCUGCUGGUGGGACUAGGGGGGCAAACAGAGGGUUUUCCUCUCGUUGGCUCAUCCCUCUGUCCUGCUUUCUAGGGUCACUUUUAAGAGAAACUCCAGCCCCGAAAAGCUGUAGCUAUAACUUGUUAUAUUAAAUUGUUUUCUCUUUA